AUCUCCUAGCAUACCACGAUAUUCCACAUGAUUUGCAUUUAAUACUUGAAAGUUAUCGAGGUUUACGUCCAAGCAUUCCAACAUAUAUACCAAAGAUUGUUGCUGAAUUGAUAAUUAAAUGCUGGGAUGCUCAACCUGAAACAAGACCAACAUCUAAAGAAGUAUGCGAUACCUUGAAUAUGUGGAGUAAUUCAAAAGAAUUCAUUUCACAAAUGAAUAGAAGCUGA